GCCAUCUGGGAAGCGGAUUGUGUCCUUGCCAGGAGAUCAUGUGAGGCAGCUGAUUCUCUUCCCUGCAGCCUGCCAGCCCCCCCGCCCCCCCCCCACAAACACACACUCCCCACUGUGGCGGCCCACCCUGAACAUCAGCCGUUCUUCACAUCUGAGUAAAGUUUGCAUGAGACGAACAGCCCAGAUUUUCCGCCGCCUGCCAGACUUCCUCAAAGCCAGCUUAGCAUAAAAACAACCGCCUCUGGCCGCAUCUGCCUACUGCAACUCUGGGCUGCUCUUUGUCCCACUGAGCCGGUCGCUGAUUCUGACUCAGCAUGUGGUGGAUCACUCUCUUCGCUACCCUCCUGCCUCUGUCAGAGGCCGGCAUCAAUCGGGAUGAGGCGCUGGACUCACCGUGGGAACUCUGGAAGAUGACACACAAGAAGGAAUAUGAGAGCAAGAUGGACGAAAUCUCAAGAAGACUCAUCUGGGAGAAGAACCUGAAAUACGUUAACACCCACAACCUAGAAUUUUCCCUGGGGAGACACACUUUUGAACUGGCCAUGAAUCACCUGGGCGAUAUGACAAGUGAAGAGGUCGUGCAAAAGAUGACCGGCCUCAAAGUGCCUCCCUCUCGCAAGCUCAACAACGAUACGUUGUACAUCCCAGACUGGGAAAAGCGAGUACCCGACUCCAUGGAUUACAGAAAGAAGGGCUACGUCACCCCUGUCAAAAAUCAGGGUCAAUGUGGAUCCUGCUGGGCUUUUAGCUCCGUGGGGGCCCUGGAAGCCCAGCUCAAGAAGAAGAUGGGCAAGUUACUGAACCUGAGCCCCCAGAACUUGGUGGACUGCGUCACUGAUAAUGACGGCUGUGGCGGCGGCUACAUGACCAACGCCUUCGAGUACGUCAAGGAGAACCGAGGCAUCGAUUCAGAUGAUUCCUAUCCCUACAUCGGCCAGGAUGAAAACUGUAUGUACAACCCAACUGGCAAGGCCGCCAAGUGCCGGGGCUUCCGGGAGAUCCCCGAAGGGAAUGAGAAGGCUCUGAAGAGGGCCGUGGCCCGGAUCGGUCCCGUCUCGGUGGGCAUCGAUGCCAGCUUGCAGUCCUUCCAGUUCUAUAGCCGAGGUGUGUAUUACGAUGAGAACUGCAAUGCCAGCAAUGUCAACCACGCUGUCCUGGCUGUGGGCUACGGCACCCAGAAAGGCACCAAGCACUGGAUCAUCAAAAACAGUUGGGGUGAAGACUGGGGUGACAAAGGGUAUAUCCUGAUGGCCCGGAACAUGAACAACGCCUGCGGGAUUGCCAACUUGGCCAGCUUCCCGAAGAUGUGACCCGCUGCCUCGCCACGCCUCCAUCUGGGCCCCGUGACUGGAAACCGCUGGAUUCCUGAGCUGGCAUCGUGGAGCUUCGGCGUACUGAUGAAGGACUUGAAUGGCAGUCAUUUGGCAUUGAGGCAGGUCUGGUAGCAUCUAUUAAAAGGCUUUUUAUAUAAAAAAA